UACCCACUCAGUGUCCUCUAGGUCUCAGGAGGGUUUGGUUGUACCGUUUUGAGCCGCGGAAUUUGUAGCUCCAGUAGUGUUGUGUGCUGGGGGACAGAUAGCCCCGGGAGUAUCAAGGGAGACCAGUGGGUACGCGGAAGGCUUUGCAUCCUCACCAUGGGUCCGCAGGGAUGGAUUUUGCUCCUGCUACUGGCAACAGCGACAGCACAGAAGACCUGGGAGAUGUGCGAAGAGAAGCCAAGAACGACGUGCACCCCAUCUGAAAUCAACAUGCAAUGGAGGUCGACGGCGGUGAGGUCCGUGCAGCUGCAGGACGGCGACAUCCUCGACCAGAGGGGCGAUACCUGGGUGCUCGGAGCCAGGCACGACUAUCGGAUCAGGAAAGCCUACACCCUAAUAGUGAGCACCCAGACGAAGGCGGGCGAGAAGAGCUGCCUCGCGCGCGUCAGGUGCAACAACCGCUCGGCGAGGGACGUUCUUCCGCCAGAGUUCGCCGAGCCCGAUUACAUCGAGAUCACCUCCGAAGUGACCGGCAGGGCGCCCGUCCCCAUCCUGAGAGUGGGCGUGAGGCAGAACGGCAAUCUGGUCGACGGAGAGAUCAACGUCAGGCCCGGGACGCCCCUGACAAUGGAGGUGUUCCUCGACAACACAUCCGCUGGCACCUACGGCAUCCGGAUGAGCCACAUGGAAGUCACAGACGCCAAAUUUAAGAGGGAGACGAUUAUUUUCAAUGGCUGUUCCGUUGACCCCAUUCUGUUCGACAACUUCGUAACGACGAGCGGUGACUCUGUCACUGCCAAGUUCCGCGCCUUCAAGUUCCCAGAGACGAGCUACGUCCUCUUCCGCGGCACCGUCGACGUGUGUCUGGACAAGUGUCAAGGAAUCGCGUGCAGCAACGGGCAGCUCGGCUACGGACGUCGUCGCCGAGACAUCGACAGCCAAGCCAGCGACCCCAACAAGAUCUUCGAAUUAACCAUGAUGGCGUACCUGAAGGUGGGCGAUUAUUUCAACGAGACUGCGGGCGAGGACACUCCCUUCAAGACCCUCAGGGAGUCCGUCGAGGAGAGCCUGAUCUUGGAACACGCCAUGAACCUGGGUCGCUCCGUCCCCGUGCCGGAGGAGCCGCUUCUGAUCCAGUCCUCAGGGGAUGAGCCGAGCUUCAUCUUCUUCAGCGCCGCCCACACGCACGUCCCCAGCGCCCUCUUCGUCGUCGUGUCCGCCCUCCUGCUCCUCUUCUACCACUAAGUUCUCACGCAGCAUUUAGUAUAAUUCCGUCCGUCAACUGCAGAAAUGUUUGUUUGUUGAUCGACACGACAAAGUGGGAAUGAUCCCUUUGAUUCCUGUUGGUCCAAGUCACUUUUUUGAAACUUAAGAAGAAAAAAAAAACGAUGUGUGUGAGCUCUUGAAAGAAUUCCGUUGAAGCUUUAAAUUUCGUCAAUUGUCCCUAUGGAACUGUCAGCUAUAUCAAAAUAUUGCUCAUUAAUCAGGGUGCGCCACGUUGUCUGGUGCGCCUUUGCCAAAAGAAUUAGGUAUUGUAUUGUAUAUGUUACGUGUCUGCAAGCCAGGCCUAUGAAAUGGAGUAUUUAUUUUUUUCUAGAAAGUGAUGUACCUACAUUAGCAUUUUGAGGUGUUCUGUAGAAGUUGCAGAUGAAAUAGAUAUAUACAUCAAUGACAAAUAGUAAUGAUGUCAUGUUAUAAUCAUUUUAAUUUGAUAACGCAUCGUAUUUUGUGCCACGAAUGAGUGUGUCGUCAAAGGAUUUUCUAAGAUGUGUCAUAAUCUUUUAAGUGCAAAAAGAGCGUUUUCUCUUCAUUUAAUGAAUAAUCCUCAAAUCUUCUGCAUUUUAAAUAUCUAGAAAAUCUUUUUUGAAUACUCAUCUUUGAUAACUUUUUUUUGUGUAUGAUUCUGCUUCUUCUCAGCCUUCGCCAUACAGCACAGUAUGGCCGUCCUAGACCACCUGUGGGCUCACGUCCGCCAAACUUUCUGCAUUAUUAUAGUGAUAAGAUUUCAACUGUAUUGAAUAAUCUAUAAUCAGUUUAUCACUCACAUAUGAUACGUAUUACUUACUGUUCUUUUACUGCUACUUGGGUGAUGGUACAGGUCUGAGGAACUUCUCAGCGUCGAUUCUUUUGUGUUUCUGUUGCCUCCGCUUCUAAUAUUGCAUCCAGACUGGCCCCGUGCCCCGCCCACUCGCGAAGGGGGAAACGGAACUGCUAGCACCGUCAGAGGGUGAAAAGGAAGCAACUUUUUUUCAGAGGAUGAUCUGGUUUUCUCUUUGCCUUACGAAAGGAUAAAGGGAUAAACGGCACUUCCUGGACAUUUAGCGGUGCUGUUUUCCUGUUAUCUCCUCGGGUACUGUGCAUCCUGGUCGAGACUCGGCCGUGCCACGGAUAGUUGCAGCCGCUGGGCAUUCCGUUUUAACUAUCCUUGUCACUGGAGUCUGCCAACCACCUUAGGCCCGCUAUAUAACGACUAACAAAGUGCUUGUACAGCUGUAUAGUAGAAUAAUUAUUGUGUAACAUUCUAAUAUAAAAUAAACUGUGAUAGUUU